UAACCAUUAUUAGGUUCAUCAGUUCUCUUUCAAACAACGAUUCAGCCAUGGACGAAGAACUAUUGGAAUUACAGAAACAGUUCGAAUCAGCACAACAGGCCAAGUCAAGUAUUCGAUUAUCCGAUAGAAAUGUCGUCGAAUUGAUCCAAAAACUCCACGAACUUCAAAUAAUCGACUUCGAUCUCCUUCAUACCAUCACUGGCAAAGAAUACAUCACUCCCGAGCAAUUGAGGUUUGAAAUAGUGGAUCAGAUUACCAAAUUAGGUCGUGUUUCUUUGAUUGAUCUUGCUGAUACAACAUGUGUGGAUUUAUAUCAUGUGGAGAAACAGGCUCAACAAAUUGCAUCUAGUGAUGCAUCUCUUAUGUUAAUGAAUGGUGAGCUUAUAUCGAGUUCUUAUUGGGAUAACGUAGCUGAAGAAGUUAAUGAUCGGCUUCAAGAAUGCAGCCAAAUAGCAUUGGCUGAACUUGCUGCACAAUUGCAAGUCGGUUCGGAGUUGAUUGGUUCUGUGUUAGAGCCUCGUUUAGGGACUCUGGUAAAAGGUCGACUUGAAGGUGGACAAUUGUAUACACCAGCAUAUGUAUCACGUGUUAAUGCGAUGGUCCUUGGUGCAGCAAGGGGGCUUACUGUUCCGACAAAUUUGUUAUCGUUAUGGAGUUCUUUACAGUUGUUGCUGCAGGAAAUGGAUGGAUCUAGUGGUGUGGCUGUUGAGAAUUCGUUCUUUCAAACACUAUUUAAUGUAUUGUUGAAAGAUGGUGCGAUUCUUGGAUCACUUCGUGCAGGUGUUAACUGGACUCCAGCAGUCUUCGCUCUUGCUCAAAAGGAGUCUGUGGAAUCUUUCUUUUCACAGAACUAUUACAUUGGUUAUGAUUUUCUGCGCAAACUUGGAAUUUCUCAGCCUAGUCAGUAUCUGCAGUCUCGAUAUCCUGAAGGUAUACCUCUCCCCACAAUUUUUGUUCAUUCAUCAAUGACGGAGAUAUUGGAUACUGCUAUAGAGGAUGCACUAGAUCGUGCUAGUUGGAUUGAUUCACUUUCAGUUUUACCUGCAUCAUUUAGCUCCUCUGAUGCAUCCAAACUUCUUUCACUCUGUCAGUCUUUUCAACUGUCUCUCAAGUCUAAUAAAGCAAUCAUCUUGGGAGAGACAUAUAUAUUUAGCAAUGCCCUCAUCAAGGAUUUGUUUGGUCAAUUGGAAAAAGAGUUGGCAACCUUUAUCAUCACUGCGCCUUCUGCUGAUCUAAGAUCGCGCAAAGAGGUCAAAGCUGAUGAUUUCACCAUUGGCCGAUCUGAAUCAAGUGAAACUGCUUCUGAGACUGGUAGUAAUAAACAAGGAUAUGAUAAAGGGUCAAAAAAGAAGAAAGGUAAAUCUGCUGGGAAUGCUAAGACAUUGACUGGUGAGGGUAAUUUUGAUGAUCCAGAGCCUGCUCCAAGUAAAUCAAAGAAAAACCAGAGAAAAGGUAAAGAUACAUCCUCACAGAUAUUGGAUACAAAGACAGUUCCGAAGAAAGAAUCAGAUAGGACAAAGGCGGACAACCUUAACCUAUCAGAAGAGUUGCUCUCUCAGAAGAUUGUGUCACUGAUACCUGAAUUGGAGGAACAAGAUGAUCUUGAAGAUGUUCUUAAGCAACUAACAAACCAAUUGAGACCAAUGCUGCUCAACUCAUGGAAAGAGAGCAAGAAAGCAGCUUUCACUGAAAAUGUGCAAAAACUGAAGAGUCUAGCUGAUAUUUUACAGAGGAACCUUGAUGAAAAUUUCCUGAAUUUUCAACUUUAUGAGAAGGCAUUAGACUUGUUUGAAGAUGACACAUCAACUGCAGUGAUUUUUCACCGACAUCUAUUGAGAACCAUGGGGACUCCAAUGGUUGACACUCUCCUGUUGAACUUGGAUAUGCAGAACAAGUUGAGAAAUGGAAGUGCACUUCAGGAUUCUGAAAAGCCAGGAUCUGCAUCACUUAAUUCUGGGGACAGAGUUGCUUUGGCAAAGAAUCUUCCAGAACCUCUUUCAGCUAAAUCUUUUCCACUAAUUGAAGCUUUGGAGGGAAAGCGCGUGGAAACAUUCAUGGCGGCCCUAAGAGACAUAGCUGAGGAAAGUGGAUUAUCACUAAAGAAGCUUGACAAGAAACUAGAAAGAACUCUGCUACAUUCAUAUCGGAAGGACUUAAUAUCUCAAGUUUCUGUUGAAACUGAUCCUGUCACCUUGCUUGCAAAGGUUGUAUCCCUAAUUUAUAUACAAGUCUAUAAUAAAGCACUUCAGGCACCUGGGAGGGCCAUAUCUGUAGCAGUUGCUCGACUGAAGGACAAACUAGAUGAUUCAGCUUACAAGAUCUUAUUUGAUUACCAAAAUGCAACAGUGACUCUUCUAUCGCUUAUUUCUGCUGCAUCUGGAGAAGAAGAAGAUUGUUCAUCUGAUAGAAUAUUGACAAAACGGGAACUUCUCGAAGAACUGAUGCCAUCACUUAAAGGCAUAGUUUUAAGUAAUAGCAAUAACCAGACCAAGCCAGACCUUGUUACAUGAUUAGAAGGGUUUAACUUAAUCUUUUUUGUCGAUUGGAGAAACUUUACUCAGAAGACGUCUUCUUCUUUAUAUCGAUGUACUGACCUUGUUCCCGGUUUUUUUCUUUUUCGAGGAACCAAACUAACUUGUGUUGUUAUAUGGUGUAAGACACAUAAUAAUACUGUAAACUGCUUUAUUUCUUUAGUCACAAACUCACAAUAAUACUUCAAUUCUUAUAUAAAAUGAAACAAAAAAUAAACAUCAUUGAUAGGAAGGAUGAAAAAUUAGGAAAGGUUGUAUAUUUACUUUUAUGAUUCUUUAGGUUAAACAUUGAACUUUUUUUUUUCACA